AUGCUUUCUACCAGGAAACAUGUUGCUGUUAGGGAAACUGUCCCUAGUACGAUUCCGUCCAACGCCCAACACAAAGUUAUGAAGGCCAUCGUCGAGCCAAUAUUCACGCGCCAGCAUGCUCCCACUGGGGCCCAGAAUCUUGACAUAGAGCUCUCCAGGGUUCUUUGUAAGAAACAAGUUCUACGUCCCCCUCUCAAGAGGGCUGGCGACGUCUCUAUUCCCUGUAUACCUGAUGCAGAUCACGACGACGACGAGGGAAAUUACAAGGUUGUUAUUAAUGCCAAAUUAACGAAUAAAUACAAAAUCCUAGAUUUGCUAGGUGAAGGAGGCUAUGGCACAGUUGUCAGAGCCUGCAAAGUUGUCAGAGACUGUAAGGUCCCCGGAUCUAAUGACGUUGCCAUCAAGAUCAGCGCCGUAAGGAAGGGACGCAGUGAUGCCGCGAGGAAAGAGCUUCGGAUACUCGAAACCAUUAAAAUGAAUGAUGAGAGGAACCAGAAGGGGUGCAUCCGUGUACAAGAGUGUUUCGAAUACCGAGGCCACAUUUGUAUGGUUAUGGACUUACUUGGUCAGAGCACCUGUGAGUUCCUUGAACAGAACAACUAUCUUCCAUAUCCAAAAGGCCAUAUCCAGAGUUUUGCCCGGCAGCUUUUUAACAGUGUAGCCUUCUUGCACGACCUAGGCAUAGUCCAUGCUGAUAUUAAGCCCGAGAAUCUCGUACUAUGCGACCACACUUACUGCACCUUACCUUAUCACCGCGUGAGGCCUUCUUCCUCUUUUGUAAGAUCUGAAAAGGCGCGAUAUGCUGCAGAGCGCCGCGUCUUAAAUAACACCGAGGUUCGGUUGAUCGAUUUCGGUAUAGCCACAUUUAUGGAUGAACCUCCAUCACAUUUUGACUCAACUGCACCGUAUUGUGCCCCAGAGACCUGGAUAUAUCACAAAGCGUCAUUCUCCCACGAUAUAUGGAGCAUAGGAUGCACCCUCGUCGAGUUUUUCACUGGUGAUAUUCUCUUCGACGCCGAUGAUAUGACUGAAUACAUAGCAAUGACAGAAGCUGUUACAGGACUCAAAUUUGAGGAAGAAAUCUCUUGGAUCACCGACGAAAGGUUUCGGCACAUUCUUUCCGCUUUGCUUCCCAAAGCGAUGCAAAAACCACGCCAAAAGGUCCAGCGGAUGAGCAUGAAGCACCUUGACCAAAUCAUCGCCCCUGGAGACGAUCCCUUCCUUAAAGACUUUGCGGAUCUGUUGAAAAGAAUUUUUGUGGUAAAUCCUGAGCAUCGUAUCACUGCAAAGCAAGCUUUGCAGCAUCCUUGCCUCACAGAAAUAGCCCAGCCAGAUAAUGACACUUUGGCUGCAGAACCCAAUAGCGCAUCAAACCUCGCAACGCCAUGA